CACAAAAAUCAUUGCGAUUUUUCACAUAUUUUUUGUGUAUUUCAAUGAAAAUACAAUAAAAUCGGUUUGAUAUUGUAAAAACGACACUAAACGACACUAUGGACUCCAUCCCAAGAACUCAUGAAGAUAUUGAAGCGCAAAUUAAAGAAAUUCAAUCGAAAAAAAAAGAUAUACAAUCAUCAGUUACUGAAAAAGAACAAGUUGGUCUUGGAAAAACAGGCUAUUAUGAUCAAGAUAUUUAUGAUGGUACCAAUAAUAAAUUUGAUGGAUAUGUAACAUCAAUUGCUGCAAAUGAUGAAGUCGAGGAUGAAGAAUUCGAGCCAGUUUCUUUUGGUUCAAAGAGACCUUCAUUUAAUGCACCAGCUGCUUUGCUCAAUGAUGUUGCUCAAACUGGAAAAGAAUAUGAUCCAUUUGCUGAUCGACGUCGUCCAACUGUUGGUGAUCGUGUUGGAGCAAAUGAAUAUCAACAAAAACGUCGAACAAUUGGAGUCAUUUCACCAGAUAGAAAUGAUCCAUUUGCUGAUGGUGGAAAAACACCAGAACCAGGAGCAAGGACAUUCAAUGUUAUUAUGAAAGAACAAUGGGUUAGAGGAGAAGAAAUAGAGGUAAAAAAACAAAUUCUUGAAAAGAAAAAAGAUGGUACACUACAAACAAAUGGUGAUCAAAAACCAGUUGUUAAAAAACGUGGAAGAUGGGAUCAAACUGAGGAUGCUCCACCAAUUAAAAAAACAGCUGGUACAACAUUAACCACAACAACAACAGGAGCAACAACAACAACAACAACAGCAUCAUGGGAAAAUACAGAUGUUACACCAGCUGCUGUACGUUGGGAUGAAACACCAGGACAUGGUAAAGGUGGUGAAACACCAGGUGCAACACCUGGACAAUCAACACGUAUGUGGGAAGCAACACCAGGUCAUGCAACACCUGGUGCAGUAACACCUGGUCGUGAAACACCAGCAGAUAAAAUAUCACAAUCACGUAGAAAUCGUUGGGAUGAAACACCAAAAACAGAUCGUGAAACACCUGGUCAUAAUAGUGGUUGGGCUGAAACACCACGUACUGAUCGUAUUAGUGGUGAUUUAAUACAAGAAACACCAACACCAUCAGCAUCAAAACGUCGUUCAAGAUGGGAUGAAACACCAUCAAAUCAAACACCAGGUUCAAUGACACCACAAACACCAGCAACACCAUUAACAACACCACAUCAAAAUAAUAAUUUAAUGACACCAUCAUCAGCAACACCAAUUGGUAAUAAAGCUAUGGGUCUUGCAACACCAACACCAGGACAUAUGAUGUCAAUGACACCAGAACAAUUACAAGCAUUUCGUUGGGAAAAAGAAAUUGAUGAAAGAAAUCGUCCAUUAUCUGAUGAUGAACUUGAUUCAUUAUUUCCACCAGGUUAUAAAGUAUUACAACCACCAGUUGGUUAUAUACCAAUACGUACACCAGCACGUAAAUUAACAGCAACACCAACACCAAUGGCUGGUACACCACAAGGUUUUUUUAUACAAACAGAAGAUAAAAGUGCAAAAUAUAUUGAUAAUCAACCAAAAGGUAAUUUACCAUUUAUGAAACCAGAAGAUGCACAAUAUUUUGAUAAAUUAUUAGUUGAUGUUGAUGAAGAAACUUUAACACCAGAAGAACAAAAAGAAAGAAAAAUAAUGAAAUUAUUAUUAAAAAUUAAAAAUGGUACACCACCAAUGAGAAAAGCAGCAUUACGUCAAAUAACAGAUAAAGCACGUGAAUUUGGUGCUGGUCCAUUAUUUAAUCAAAUAUUACCACUGUUAAUGUCACCAACACUUGAAGAUCAAGAACGUCAUUUACUUGUUAAAGUUAUUGAUAGAAUAUUAUAUAAACUUGAUGAUCUUGUACGUCCAUAUGUACAUAAAAUAUUAGUUGUUAUUGAACCAUUAUUAAUUGAUGAAGAUUAUUAUGCACGUGUUGAAGGACGUGAAAUAAUAUCAAAUUUAGCAAAAGCUGCUGGACUUGCAACAAUGAUAUCAACAAUGCGUCCUGAUAUUGAUAAUAUUGAUGAAUAUGUUAGAAAUACAACAGCACGUGCAUUUGCUGUUGUUGCUAGUGCACUUGGUAUACCAUCAUUAUUACCAUUUUUAAAAGCUGUAUGUAGAUCUAAAAAAUCAUGGCAAGCACGUCAUACUGGUAUUAAAAUUGUACAACAAAUUGCAAUAUUAAUGGGUUGUGCAAUAUUACCACAUUUAAAAUCACUUGUUGAAAUUAUUGAACAUGGUUUAGUUGAUGAACAACAAAAAGUACGUACAAUAACAGCUCUUGCUAUUGCAGCACUUGCUGAAGCAGCAACACCAUAUGGUAUUGAAAGUUUUGAUUCAGUAUUAAAACCAUUAUGGAAAGGUAUUAGAACACAUCGUGGUAAAGGUCUUGCUGCAUUUUUAAAAGCAAUUGGUUAUUUAAUACCAUUGAUGGAUGCUGAAUAUGCAAAUUAUUAUACACGUGAAGUUAUGUUAAUAUUAAUACGUGAAUUUCAAUCACCAGAUGAAGAAAUGAAAAAAAUUGUAUUAAAAGUUGUUAAACAAUGUUGUGGUACUGAUGGUGUUGAAGCAUCAUAUAUUAAAGAUGAUAUACUUGUACAUUUUUUUAAACAUUUUUGGAAUCAUCGUAUGGCACUUGAUCGUAGAAAUUAUCGUCAACUUGUUGAUACAACUGUUGAAAUUGCAAAUAAAGUUGGUGCAUCUGAAAUUAUAAAUCGUAUUGUUGAUGAUCUUAAAGAUGAAAAUGAACAAUAUAGAAAAAUGGUUAUGGAAACAAUUGAAAAAAUAAUGGGUAAUUUAGGUGCUGCUGAUGUUGAUUCAAGAUUAGAAGAACAACUUAUUGAUGGUAUAUUAUAUGCAUUUCAAGAACAAACAACUGAAGAUGUUGUUAUGUUGAAUGGUUUUGGUACAAUUGUUAAUACACUUGGUAAACGUGUUAAAGCAUAUUUACCACAAAUAUGUGGUACAAUAUUAUGGAGAUUAAAUAAUAAAUCAGCAAAAGUACGUCAACAAGCUGCUGAUUUAAUAUCACGUAUUGCUGUUGUUAUGAAAACAUGUCAAGAAGAAAAAUUAAUGGGUCAUCUUGGUGUUGUAUUAUAUGAAUAUUUAGGUGAAGAAUAUCCAGAAGUAUUGGGUAGUAUACUUGGUGCAUUAAAAGCAAUUGUAAAUGUUAUUGGUAUGACUAAAAUGACACCACCAAUUAAAGAUUUAUUACCACGUUUAACACCAAUAUUAAAAAAUCGUCAUGAAAAAGUACAAGAAAAUUGUAUUGAUCUUGUUGGUAGAAUUGCUGAUCGUGGACCAGAAUAUGUAUCAGCACGUGAAUGGAUGAGAAUAUGUUUUGAAUUAUUAGAAUUAUUAAAAGCCCAUAAAAAAGCUAUAAGACGUGCAACUGUUAAUACAUUUGGUUAUAUUGCUAAAGCAAUUGGUCCACAUGAUGUAUUAGCAACAUUAUUAAAUAAUUUAAAAGUACAAGAACGUCAAAAUCGUGUAUGUACAACUGUUGCUAUUGCAAUUGUUGCUGAAACAUGUUCACCAUUUACUGUAUUACCAGCAUUAAUGAAUGAAUAUCGUGUACCAGAAUUAAAUGUACAAAAUGGUGUACUUAAAUCAUUGAGUUUUUUGUUUGAAUAUAUUGGUGAAAUGGGAAAAGAUUAUAUAUAUGCUGUAAGUCCAUUGUUGGAAGAUGCAUUAAUGGAUCGUGAUUUGGUACAUCGUCAAACAGCAUGUGCUGCUAUUAAACAUAUGGCACUUGGUGUUUAUGGUUUUGGUUGUGAAGAUGCAUUAAUACAUUUACUUAAUCAUGUAUGGCCAAAUGUAUUUGAAACAUCACCACAUUUAGUACAAGCAUUUAUGGAUGCUGUUGAUGGUUUACGUGUUGCAUUGGGUCCAAUUAAAAUAUUACAAUAUACAUUACAAGGCUUAUUUCAUCCAGCAAGAAAAGUCAGAGAUGUCUAUUGGAAAAUAUAUAAUUCAUUGUAUAUUGGUGGACAAGAUGCACUUGUUGCUGGUUAUCCAAGAAUAGUUAAUGAUCCAAAAAAUCAAUAUAUAAGAUAUGAGCUUGAUUAUGUUCUUUAAAAUUAGCAUUAUCAUUUAUUUUAUUCAUCACACCAUGGUUAAACGAAAUUCCUGAAAAAAAAAAGAAAACCACAACAUGUAUAUUUAAUUAUUAUAAUCCGUUUUUUUUAUUA